GUAGUAACACGUGUUACGGGCUGUGCUCCAGCAUAAAGCGCCUUUGAACGUUUUCGAAACGUCCCGAAAGUGAGUUUAAUAUGAAGAAACAGACAAACCACUGGGCUACAUUAGAAAUCAACAUCAUGUCAUAUGAUAUCUGAAAAUUACCGAAGGAUAUUUUUAAAACGUUGAUCUUGCUUUCAGACGUUAAAAGUACUUCUCCAAAAUAAAUCUGACAGUUUCCAGUAGUUUUAACUCGUCCAGCAUCGUUUUCGGGACUCAUCGUUUUUCUAAACUGUGUCUCUGUCUUCAUUGUCCAUAUUGACGCAUUAAUGAUGGAUGGAUUUCCAGCAGACUUGACCAAAGUAAAUGUAACUAAAACACCUACGAUGUUACUCAAAAGGCUUCAUGCUGAUGGAAUAAUUCGCCCUUCAUCUCAGAUAAACCGGCAUUUUAACUAACUACUAACUAUACCUUCACAUACACGUUAGCCGCUCCUUCUAAACUUCAUUUUCAGGUCUUAGACGAUAAUUAAGUGUAUGAUACCGUUUUAAAGAGCUUGUUCAUUUUCCAAUCCCCACUGAUAGAUUACGCGAAAGAGAACUAUGAUUGACCGUGAAAAGUAUUGAGACUAUAAGAUCAUAAGUUUUCAUAUAUGUUAAAUGUUUAUGUUUUCACACCUGACUGGGUAACAUGAAGUUACAGGUCACAGUAUCCAAAUAUAACAUGCGGCUUGUUUACUGUGUUAUUUUCAACACAGUGAAUUUUUGGUUCUUUUAUCUUCAUAGAAAACAUUCGAUUAGUUAUUUUAUUGACAUCUAUUAUUGUCAUUGUUUGCUCUGCAUGAUAAGAAAAAAUUUAUCUGAUGGUAACUAUUUUGCAUUUAUAGCUUAUUUUGCCGCUGUGGGUGUUUGUGGAGCCGUGUUUCUGACAGUCUGACGCGCACUUUUUGCGGCGUUUUAAGAAUAAAUGGAUCUGGGAAAUGAAUUCCUGUCCAGUCGGUAAUGAAAACGUGCUGGAAUGAUCUCCCGUGUCUGUCAGUCUCGACUUGUGAGUCUGCUGUUAUGGCGCAGCCUGUAUUGCAGUCAGCCCACCUGAUCUGGCUUGACCGUAUCCUGUAGCUGCAGUUUUCCCCCUUCAAGGCAAAGGGAAGAGGAACAGGAAGCAGGUCAUUGCCAUUGAAAAUCACCUGAUUUAAUUUACAUGCCAUGUCAAGCUUAACUCUGCCCCGUGGACCUCGGCUGGUUUGGCUGUGAGACGGACGCGUUUGAAAGAUGUCGGCGUGUGGCGAGUUUGCUGAACACGUGUGGAAACCAGGCUCCUGUAAAAAUUGCUUUCACCCCCGCAAUGCCCACGGCUCCGGCGACAACGCGGCUAACGUCAGAACCAGUACGGCAAGCGCUGAGGAUGACGGUCUAACCUUCUCGUCCUACUACUGCAAGCCCACCAUUGCCGUCCGGCCAACCAUGAUGAACCCAGAGAAUUCUGACAUAUGGAUGGAUGUCAAUAUGAACGCGGAGCCAGAUAUUCCGAAGAAUUUGCCUGACAGAAUCAGCCUGACGAAAUUGAUGGGCAUCUCAUCCUUCUCUACGGACAGCAAUGGAUGCAGCACUGUGCUGAAAGAGGCCGUGAUUGUCAGUGCUGCACUGGCUAAGACAGACUCUCCUGCCAGAUUUCCACCAGGAGCUCUGUCUCCAACUGACAUGCAGAAGGAGUCAGUCAGCAACAUUUUUGGGGGCCGUGGGUUGAAUAGUGUCGGACAAAACAGCACCGGAGAUGCCUACCCCCACCGGAUCACCGGGAAAAGCAAGAUCACUAGUCUGAGAAACGGCUCACGCCAACCAAGAGAUUCUGCCCAGAGGCUGCAGGUGAGAUCAAACAGCGACGCCUAUAAUGAUAAUAUUUCUGAAGGCCCAUCAACACAGGAGCAGAACGGACCUCUGGACCCGGCUAACAGUGUUAUUUCUCAUGCCCCAAAUAAGGCUGAACAUGAACCAUCAAGCACUUCCGCGUUUUCCAGCUUCACUCCAGACUCUGCCUUGCCGAUCAGUCGUCCUUGUGGCCGAUCUUCUUCCUUCCUGUCUGAGCCCACCAGCCUAUCAGAUUCCGGCUCUUACCGAAGCAGCACAGACUCACUCACGUGUUCACAGGGACUGGAUGUUUUUCGACGAUCUGCAUCAGAGAGCCGCCAAAGUUUGGCGUCUCCAGACAGUUCGUGGUCGGAGAAAGGAAACGGGUCGGCGAGUGCCGAGCCGAUUUAUGCAGAGAGUACGAAAAGGAAGAGGGCGCCACUGGGCGACAGGCAGACCCAGCAGAGCCCAGUGGAAGUGACUGGCGAAGCCCAAAGGGCUAAGAUCACAGUCAUGGCCCACACGGAGGAGAGCAACUGCACAUUCUACCUAAGCAGCCCCGAUUCGGCUGUGAGCACUGAGUGGCCGCACUUCAGCCCAAACUCCAUCAAGCUCCCCAGCAGUCUGUCCUUUAAGUGGCCUUCGAGCUGGGGCAGCACACAGCCGGCUGUGGUUUCUACCCAAGCCAAGCGUCAAGCUAGUCCUCCCGUUCCUCCCAAGAGGAUUUCAAACUCCCCAAAACUGGGGACUUCCAGCCUGGGUUCACUUCUUCCCUCAGAAGUUCAGUCCUGUGUUAACGUGAACGCAACGUCUUCUACAGCCACUCUGGAAAAGCUCCAGGAAAAUGCUGUGAGUUCUUCGCCCACUAUGGUCUGCUCGGAGCGGAGACACAAGCUGUACAACACCCACUGGAACUGGAAGACUUGUAUCGAGGAGGAGGAGGAAGGAGGCGAGGGGACCGUGCAUCAGAGCAUCAUCAAUGAGGCUGCUGUGUCGCAGAAAGGGGCCUGGAGCCCCAUGGUACCCGUCGGGGAGAUCCUGCUGCCAGGCACAGCCGACAAUGGUGCCAGUCAGCAGCACCAGGGCAGCGCUGUGGAGACCGACAGCCAGAGGAGGAAAAUGCUGUCACAGGCCACGUCAGCCACUACAGAUCUGCCAGCGGGGCUCAGUGAAAACCAUGAUCCCUCUCCACCUCCACCUCCACCUAAGAAACACCACAGGUCAUCCAGUAAGAUGAGUCAGAGCAGCUUUGACUCAGAGAGAGCCAGUCGUCAGGGGUCCAUGGAGAGCCUCACCCAGUCUCUGAGGGCACUGAGCGGCAGCUUGGCCUCGGCGUCCUCCGACAGCCUGCACUGUGACUCCAAGGUUUUUCCCGACGGGGGCUAUCAGGACUCUUCAAACAGUCCCCUGACCUCCUCCCCAGUGUCCCUACAUCCUGAAGCUUUCCCUGGCCUGGUUCUGGAUCAGAUUCAGCCGCCGCCACUUCCCGAGAAGAAGCUGCUGAGUCGCGCGGUAUCGGCACCUGGCGGUCCAAGCGGCAAGCCCAUUCCCCGGGGACGUCCACGCUUCCCAUUUGGAGGUUCCGAGACCAACGUCGCCCAUCCCGAACGAGCCCAGUCUAGUCAACCCUCGAGUCCAGUUGAUCCACGGCACCAGUAUUCCUCCAGCGAGUCCCUGGAGUGCUACCCGUCGGUGCUCAAUCGCUCCCAGACCUUGGAUGAGCCACCCACUAGAGGACGGAGCCGGUUCGGGGGUUACCUACGUGGGGGUGUGACCUCGUCAUCGUCCCCACAGCUGAGCCACCCCCACCACUCCCACUCUGCUGGCUCCAGUUUGCACCUGCAGACUCUACUCAGCAACAUCGACAGCCGCGAAGGCAUCUACUCAAAGUUGGGCGGUCUCUACGCAGAGUCGCUUCGCCGUCUGGCUCUCAAGUGUGAAGAGCACUUCACCCGAAGCCAGAGAAACCCGCUACACUUCGACGAAAGCAACUGGUCCCUGUUUAAACUCACCUGUAACAAGCCCUGCUGUGAUGCAGGCGAUGCUGUUUACUACUCAGCCUCCUGUGCAUCUGACCCCAAGAACUCCUAUGCCGUUAAGAUCUGUAAGAGUCAGACUUCAGACAGCAAACAGGGCGACAUCUACGGCUUGUCGGUGCAGAAGAGCAUGCCGCCGCAUUUCAACCUGCAGCAGGACUGCGGGCACUUCAUUGCAUGCGUGCCGCAGAGCAUGCUGCUGCAGGAUGCGGAGCCCAGGUCCCCGGGGCCGGGCGGCCAGGAGCGCGUGGUGGUGAUCACGCGGGAGGUACCCCGGCAGACCGCCGCCGACUUCGUCCGCGGGUGGGUUGACUUCCACCGGGCGCAGCCAGAGACCUACGAGCGCCGCGUCUGCUUCCUGCUGCUACAGCUGUGCAACGGCUUGGAGCACCUGAAGGAGCACGGCGUGAGCCACCGCGACCUGUGCCUGGAGAACCUGCUCCUGGUGCCUGGCCGGUCGGUCGAACCUGGCGCUGAGCAGACCCACCUGUCCCGCCUGCUCAUCAGCAACUUCGCCAAGUCCAAGCAGCGCAACGCUGAGGACGCCUCCGCCGCCGACCCGCGCCUCAGGAAGGACCACGCCCGCCUGGCUCCUGAGAUCGUGUCGGCCUCCCAAUACCGCAAGUUCGACGAGUUCCAGACGGGCAUCCUGAUCUAUGAGCUGCUGCACCAGCCCAACCCCUUCGAGAUGAACCCCGAGCUGAAGCAUCAGGACUAUCGCUGCGAGGAGUUACCUCCCAUCCCGCCCGUGUCCAUCUACUCGCCGGGCCUGCAAAGACUGGCGCACCUGCUCCUCCAGCCCGAUCCAAUCAAACGGAUCCCCAUCCAGGAGGCGAAGCGAGUGCUGCAGUGUCUGCUCUGGGGGCCACGCCGGGACCUCAUGGAGCAGCAGUGGGACCGUCCCGGGGGCCUGGCCCGCCACGACGGGCUGCUCAACUGGCUGGAUGUGAAGCGCGCCCUGCUGAUGAUGAAGUUCGCCGAGCGCUCGCUGGAGCCCGAGCGGACCGCCGAGUUGGAGGACUGGCUGUGCUGCCAGUAUUUCUCCAGCGCCCACCCGCUGUCCCUCUGCCACACCGCAGGGCAGCUGUACUCCCGCAAGUAACAGGCGGCUCGCUUCUGCUGCGUCCCACUCUCAGCGCGGCCAUCCUGUUGCCAAGCCACGCGUGAUCAUGGCUACCGAUAUUUGGCGCCUCUGGUAUUCCUAGAUGAACGGAAGCUGGCCAUCUCUGGCUGGCUCUUAAACGAAGAAGCAGGGAGUGCGUGAACAAAGAUUAAAGAGGUUCAUGGCACUGCCAAGAAUGGAACAGUACAAUUAUCUAUUGUUCUCCGAGAUCAGACUUCUUGCUUAACUUGGAUCUCAGUAUUAAAGGCAGAAAUGUACACUGUUGAUAUCCUAGCGUGCGACGUUAUCUGAUAUGCCUGACAGGGAAGAGCAAAGCUGGGGUUUGGAAAGCAUUAACCAUCCUGCCAUACAAGUAUUUUUUAUUACUUUGUAUUUAAUAUUUUGAGGAAAUAUUACAUCAAUUGCCAGAACAAGUGCUUUGUAAAAGAAUGACGUCCGGCUUUGUUUUGGGGACAAGAAAACAUUUGGUACUGUAAAUUCUGUGUAGCUGACAAAAAAAUUAAACAUUUAGGUUUAUGAUUCAUAGAUCAAACAGAAAUAUAUUGUACUAAUACCCAAAUAUUCUUGAGUAUGACCCAUAUUUUUACUUAUGUCGUAGGUUUCCAUCUAUACACAUCUGUAGCAGAUAUAUAAACUAGUCAGAACCAAAAUUGACAAUGAACAUGUCUUUUCCUCCACUGUCCACUUGUCUAAUUUGGUUACAUUUAGACCAUUAUUGACAAACAUAAUGACAUUGCACUAACCAGUAUUUAUCAUAUUUGCCAUACAGUUAUGUGAAUGAAAGAAACAAUUAAUGUGAAAAUACGGUAACAUCUUAACACAUUUCCAGGGAAAUUUAAAGAAUAUAUUACAAUUAUUUUAUAUUUUGAAAGCACAUGUCCUCUGUGAAACGCUUGGUGUGCAUAAGCGUUAAGAUGUCACAGUCAUCCAGUGAACCAACCAAAGCACUUUGGUCUGUUAAUUAGCCCAUGUGACGUCGAUCGCUGGGGAACGAGGACAGAGCUUCGCUAAGCCUUCGUGCCACUCUGCUUGGGCCACUUGCAUCUUGCUUCUCCUUUUUGAGUUUAUAAAGCUACACUGCCUUCGGUUACUCCUGCAUUUUUAAGCAGCCAAUAAAUUCUAUAAAUACACAGUUUUAAUUUGAAUCCUUAUUGAUAUUUGUAUGUGAAACUGGGGUUUCAAGCAAGCCCUUGUAGAAUAAUUAAAUACUGAGCCAAGCAGGUCUAAAUUGCAAUGGAUCUGAUCCGUAGGAGAAUAUAUUUAUAGUUUUAAUUAGUUUUAUUAAUUAGUUAUAUUUUUCCUGGAAUUCGUUUGAAAAUUUUGACAAAUGCCAAUCAGAAAUGUUUGUUCUGUCCUUUCUUUAUAUAUUUUGCUCGUGAACAGCUGUGUUGUCCAGGUUUGUUUCUAAUAAACAAUCACUGGCUCUAGCGCUGGAUGGCAUUUUUAAUAUAUUCCUUUCUCGUUAUCGUUUUUUUCAGUGUAUAUCUGUGAUGAUGGCUUGUGUUUCUUUUUUGUUGACUUAUUUAAUAACAUCUAAUAAAAUUGUAUAUAUGUUUUCACGUCA